AUGAGCGAAUACAAAACCAACUUCGUUAAUCGAGCUUGCGUCUUUAUAAACUCAGGAAACGAUCACAUGAUUCAAAAUCAGGUGAUCGAUGAUCCACAACAACUUAUCAAAAUUCCAUUCCCACCAGAAAUUAAUUCCCAAGAUUUGGUUAUUUUACAUCCUGAUGGUCAUGUUUCUAAAACUCCUAAUGCUUUUAUGAUCUAUCGAAAACUGUUUGUUGAAACAGCUCGUAAAGGCGGUUAUAACUUACCAAUGAAUGUCAUCUCCUCAAUGACAUCUCGAUCAUGGGAACAAGAACCUGAAGAAGUAAAAAAUGAAUAUAGGAGAAUUGCAAAAGAAGCUUUCAAUUAUCGUAAUGAAUUAUUUCCUAAAAUAAAACCGCAGAGCAAGAAAGAUCAAUGGAAAAUUAUUUCAUUUGAUAAACCUUCUCGUAAAAUUAAAAAUCCCAAACCUAUGAGAUCUUCAAAUAAACCCACAAAACGAAAACAUCAAUUUAAAUCCACAUCUAAAAUUCAAGUUAUCUCUGAUAAAUCACCCGAAUUGUUUGAUAAUUUAAGUGAUAUCGACAUGAACUCACCAAUUUUUGACCCAGAUUUAUUUACUGAUUGGGCUGAAUUUUUUAACAAUCUAAGUACAUAUCAAAGCCUCGACCUAUCAAUAACUUCUAGCAACAAUAGUUCAAACGAUUUUGAUUUGCCUAUUCAAGCAGAUCAACAAAUUAAUGAUGAUAUCGUAAAUAGUCUUUUAUCUAUUAGUGAAAAUCAGCCCCCGAUCUAUGAUACUCAAUAUGGACUCGGAAUUUUUGAUCACUCUAACACUAAUCAAAUUUCCGAAAUAAAUCCACAUAAUAUAGAUGGAAUACAUGAAAUCUUUGAUAUACAGAACACUUGCAUUUUAGACAAUUUAGUCAAUUCCAAUUAUCAAUUUUCUUUCUCGCCUAAUUUAUUAAAUACAACAAUAAAUCAAGAUUAUUUAAACGAUGCAUUAAUUGCUUUUGAAAUGGGUUUUAAUUAUCCCAUUUAA